CUUCAUAUAUACGUAUACACAGUUAAGCAUACUCGAGAAAAAGAUUGUUACAAAGUGGUAUAAACUUUUUAUAUUUUCUUUUGUAGAAAACAAAAUUAUAAUCAAUCAUUGUAAAAAUAGAUCGUGUCGACCAAAUAAAAGUUUUCAGAUGAAAUAAACGUAGUAAAAAUUAGGCCAAUUGAGAUUGUUUAUUUGUUUGUUUGUUUGUUUUUUUUUCUUUUUCUUAUAAAUUUUCCGAUCAUUUACGUGCGGAGUGAAAUGAAAAGUGUGUUCUCGAAUAAUCCAAAAUUAUUAACGGUAUAUAUAAUUGUAGGAAUACAAUAACCUAUUCUGACAUUAUAUUUUAUUCAUAUGUACGUGAAUAGAUUGUAAAGAUAUUAGAAGGCUAACAAAUCUUCAACGGUUUAUUCUCUAAAUGAAUAUUCUUCAAAGGACAAUGAGCUUUCCGGAGAAACAGGAUGGUAUAUCUAAAGACGAGUGGGUCGCUAAACUUGAAGAAGGAUCGCAUAUGCAGAGAGUCUCCAUGAAUAAUUUGAUAAUGAAUUAUCUUGUAACAGAAGGAUUUAAAGAAGCAGCUGAAAAAUUUCAACAAGAAUCUGGAGUUGGCCCGACAAUAGAGUUGAGUUCAUUGGAUGAUAGAAUUCGUAUUAGAGAUGCUAUACAAAAUGGUCGUAUUCAAGAAGCUACGGAUUUGGUCAAUCAAUUGCAUCCUGAAUUAUUAGACAAUGAUAGAUAUCUUUAUUUUCAUCUGCAACAAUUACAUCUCAUCGAAUUAAUUCGUACUGGGAGAAUCGAAGAGGCAUUACAGUUUGCUCAAGAUCAACUUAGCGAAGCUGGAGAGUCAGAUGAUAAUAUAUUAUGCGAAUUGGAACGUACUUUGGCUUUGUUGGCUUUUGAUGAACCACAUAAAAGUCCUUUCAGCGAUCUUCUUCAUCCUACUCAUCGACAAAAGAUUGCCAGUGAACUAAAUGCUGCUAUAUUGAAAAUGGAACAUAGAGAAUCUACCAGUCCAAGAUUAAAUAAUCUAUUAAAAAUGAUUUUAUGGGCGCAAGAUGAGCUGGAUAAGAAAAAAGUAAAAUAUCCUAAAAUGACUGACUUGGGUAGUGCAACUAUUGAAAGUCCAAAAUAAUACUAAUAAAUUGAAAAUAGGUACUUCGAUGAAAUAAUAAGAUUUUAUUUAUUAGUAUCUAUAGCGGAUGAAUAUUAUAAAUUAAUAUUAUUAUUACGUAAAAAUUAGAUUUUUUAAU